AUGGAGUAUCGAAACUUCGAGGUAACCAUAAACUCAGCAAGGGAUCUCGAGGAUGUCCGAAAAGUGUUCAAAAUGGAGGUUCAUGCUAGAGUUUCCAUCGGAAACCACCCGGAAUCGGAGAAGAGAACUCCGGUGGGUCAUGGAGGGACGAACCCUUCAUGGAACUUUACAAUCAACUUCAUCAUAAGCGAAGCUAUGCUGACAAGCUAUACUAGCAUGCUUGUUAUUAAGCUCUACUGCAGCAGAAUUCUUGGAGAUAGGUACAUUGGUGAGAUGAACUUGUCCAUGAAGGAGCUUUAUGAGUAUGCGUGUCCGUUUGGAGGGAGUGCCAGAGUGACUCAUCCUGUUCAGAAAGGCUCCGUCGACUCGCAGGGCUUGCUCGAGUUGGCAUACAAGUUUGGAGAGCGUGCUGUGGCUCAUAACUUUCUCAUGACCGAAACUAUUGGAUAUGGUGUUCCGUGUUCAGACACUUGUUGA